AUGGCCGUCAAUGGCGGCUCCCACCGGGACUCAAGACUCCACAGCAGGCACCGUGCGCCUCCGUCGCGCUGGCUGGCGCGCUGGCUGGCGGCGCGCAAGCGCCUCUGGCUGCUGGGGGCCGGAGGGGCGGCGCUGCACGUGGCCUACAGCCUCUCCUACCCGGGCCGCCUCGCUCUCCGCUACAAGAUGCUCGCCUGGUCGUACAAACAGGUGCAGGAGGGGCGCGCGACCUCGUGGGACGAGGAGGACGUGUGGCGCAUGGAGCUGUACGUGUCACUGGGCGCAAUGGCGCUGGGCGCGCUCUCCCUGCUCGCCAUCGCACAACUCCCCUCCGUGCGCGACUCGCUCACUGGUCGCGAGCUCGCCUACCUGCACGAUCGGCUGGGACCGCUCGCCCUGCUGCUGAGCGCUGCACACACGGCCGUGUACGGCUGGCGUCGCUGGCUCGACGCGGUCUCCUACGUGUGGUGCACUCCGCCCGUCUUCCUUCUCGCCCUGCUCGCUCCCUGCAGCACCCUGCUCGGCAUGGCCCUCGCCGCCGCUCCCUGCUGGCGCAGACGCCCUGCCCUCGACCGCGGAAUCCGGACAGAGGAGGAGGAUGAGGAGGAUGAUGAGGAGGAUGAGAAGAAGGACCUGGGACAGUUCCAUACGGAUCAAGAUAUAGGGAUAGAGAUGGUGACGGCCCUUUAAUUAAAGUACAACACGUCAGAAUCAUAAGCUUUAUCGGAAUUAGCAUUUUUAUUUAGACUGGAGGAAUUCGAUUAGCUAUGAAGCUCUUUUUUCAAGUAUGUGCAGUAUUUGGUCAGUUGCCUAUGACGAAAUCACCUGGACUGUGCCAUAUCUCAGAAGUUAAGCAGGCUUGAGCCUGGGUAACGCUUGGAUGGGUGAUCACUGUGCACAGCAGAGGGGAGUACAGCAAAACACAUGGUUUCUCUGUACUGUACUUAGAUGCUCCCAUAGAAUUACAAGUUUGGUUAGACAAUCCCCACAAUCUGCACGGCAUGCAGAGGCCCUCAUCCUGCAGUAGAUUAAAAAAAGGGAUGCACUUUUACAACAGACCCAUAGACUCACAUAGACACCCAUAAAGUCAUGCAGAGACACACACACACAGACUCACAUAAAAACCCAUGUACUGUAUGUAUGUGUAGUGACAUCGCUGGAUGCCAACAUGCUGGUUGCAGUGCCGGCCCUAGAGGGGCCCAGUGAGCGCUGAUUGAUAGCGCUAGAUGGCACCACGCUUUGCGUGCAGUGCCAACCCUACAGGACAGGGUGGGUUGGUGCUGGCCGACGAAUGAGGUUACUCGAGGCCAUGGCACUCUGGUUGACCAGUUAAGUCCACCUUCUAGAAUCCUCAGGAAGGAUCUGCGUCCCAAUCAUGUGACCAGUUAAGUCUACAAAGGGGCCCUACGUGGGGGCAAGGGGUGGUCACGUGAUUGGGAGCCAGAUCUUACCCGAAGAUUCUAGAUGGUGGACGUGGCCAUGGGCGGAGCUGGCCACGCCACAGAGAAUAAAAGCCGGGUCCCGAGAGGGACCAGGGUUGUUGUACAUCUUGGAAAAAACCUUCGUCUACGUUCUUCGUUCAACGAGUCUCCAACACGUGGACCCAGGCUGAAGCUGUUGGUCCCGGUCCAUAGUAGCAGUUACGUUGUAAUUAGUGUAGUUAGCCUGGUGUUCACCACCAUAGGUUGUUAUUCUGUUAAGGGGAAAGUUACCCCGUGUGUUGGAACUUAAUAAAUGUGUUUCCUCCAAGUCUACGUCUGCGACUCAGUUGAACCCAUUACAUAUGUAGAACUUCUUUCGCACCGUACGUAGCCAACCGUGCUAAUCGGGGGUGUGGGGGAAGCACAACAAACUAAACACAAAGUAGUUGUAAAUCAAUGAUUUUUAAUUUAUAUUUAAAAGUGCAUACCUCAAGUGGCUUCCUAAUAUUGGAAGGAAGCGCGUUCCAGAUGGCCGCAUAAGUGCAUCUGAAAGGAUUGAUUGUCUUUGUUCGAUGGCGAGCUAAACGCCGCUGUGAGAAUGACUGGAGUUUGCGUGAUGGUUUAUGCUCCUUCAGAAAGGUAUUGUGGUUCAUUUGUGGCAAGCACUUUGUGUGUAAUGAGUGCAACCUUAUGUAUUCACAUAGACAUCCAUAUACAGUACUCACAAACAGACCCAUAGACUUACAUAGACCCAUUGACCAACUGGAAUGCAAUGGCUACUUUGCAAGCCGACUGUCUAUCAACAAAGAUUCGUUCACAAAGCCAUCCAUAUGUAAUAAGCGAGCGCCAUCUCCUGCAUUAUUGUGGGGUUACAUUUACAUACUGUCAUGCAGUCCACGCACUAUGAGUAGUAGGGAUUCUAUAUGGGGGAAAUGUGAAUGGGCGGAUCUGGUAUGGAAGCCUCUGUAACAUUCUCGAAGGUUCCUAGAGGGGCGUGGCCAGAGGCGGAGCUUAGCCUCAGAGACGAGAAUAUAAGCCGGGGGUACAGCAACGUUAGGGGUCGGUGUUUGAAGAUCGAAGAGGAGCUCCCGUCGCUGCUGCCCCGCCAUCUCCACCUGCCAUGUGGCGGCUCGACCUCCAGCCGCUCAACCGCUCCACGGCGCGGGGCAGCGCAGCUACGAGAGCGGGUCGGCAUUCGCGAGAACGAAAGGAGUGGCUGUACCAAGACUUGAAUAAAUACACCAAAGUUACUUACCGUGUCGGAGCCACUUAUUACACAUAUAUACAGACACAAUUUCCACCGAGACGAUGGUUUUAAACUCGGCAAUCAUUGGAAAGAUGUCAUCAACCACUUUGGGUCAUGACUUGA